UCCAAAGCUGGGGGUAGGCGGUGACUCGGUUAACUAACCUACCAUCCUUUCCAAGACGGAGCCUGUUUAACCUGGCAGCAUGCGAGGUGCCUACUGAGCUGCAAACCUGGGCCCUGGCCGGCGGGGAUGUGGCAGGCCAGCGUGAGCAUCACGGUCUGGGCUCCGCUGGCCGGCCGAGGACGUCCGCAAAAGGGGGCGACAAAGUUGCCAAGAGAAGCCGGCAGAAGUGGCGCAGGUGGAGGCGCAAGAGACGCCCCCGCACCUGGGACCCGCUCGCCGCCGCCGCCCCCGCGCACGCCCGCCCGCUCCCGCGCUCCCAGCGCCGCCCGCCGGCCGCCGCCCGCUCCAGUACCGGGCAGCGGGACGCACGCGGGGGCGCCCACCGGACGUCGGGGUGCUGUCCGCCCGCCGCUCGCACUGCCCCUCCGCCUGCCUUGCGCGGACAAAAGGAAGCCGCGGGGCGGUGACGGCGAAGCCCGAUCCCCGAGCGCGUCGCGCAGCCCGCGCUGCCAGCGAGGUGCGAUCCGCGGUGACAGCCGCCGGGCGGCGAGCGGGGCCCCGCGAGAGGGUGACGCGGGCGGCAGUGUCGCGCGCCCCUCGGCGGCCGCCGGGAGGGAGAUGCACACGCCGGGACCCGGCGCCUCCUGCUGGCUCCGGGGUCCGCAGCCCGCAGCCCCCGGCCGGGACCCGCAGCGCCCUCUGCCGCCUGCUCCAGCUCAGGGCGGGCCGGGGGCGCUGCGUGGGGCUGCCCAUAGCGGUCCCAGAGCGUCCCCCCCCCACCCCCUCAUCCCGAGGGAAGGAAGGAGGAAGACAGAGGGCGGCGGCGACAGGGUAGGGGUACGCGAGAGUGGAUCUGCUGUUUUCCACUUAAAACAGAAGAGGGAGCCCCAAGUGAAUUAAGAGCAGCUGGAGGA